CGUUUGUUGGAAGUAACUAAGCUGUAUCCCUGUAUCUGAAUGCUCAAUUUACAAAUUGUAAAUGAAAAAACCCCUUUUCAAGUUAAUGAAUCAUUGUGCUAUGACCAAUUUUCUAACUUUGUUAAUUUUUUAAAAAGUCACAAAGAAGAGGUGGAAUAUGUAAAGAAAAACACUAAGAAAAAAGCUUAAAUCACACAAGUUAAAAUUUACAAGUUAAAACUUUCUAACUAUAUUUCGGCUUAUUAACAUGUUAUCGCUUAUUGCUGAUCAAUAUACAAAUUGUUGAACAACAGAUAAAUGGAAGAAAUAGAUUGUCAGUAGAGCCAGUUAAAAGUAUUUUAUGUGUAAAAUAUAAUAUCAAAUCAUAAUCCUGUCAUGCGUUCCAUAAGUAUCUGUUAUCAAACUAAGUCAUUGAAAAAGAUGGUUCAACAAAUAGCAUUAUUGGUAUGAUUCAUCUUCUCCUGUUUACAGUUCUUGCCCUGUUCUUACAAAUGAUUGUUCUGAAAUCAGUGAUACUGAUAACUGAUACAAGUGAUUAGUUAGAUACAAGUGAUUAAUUAGGACUAAUUAUAUAAUGGAAAAUUAAUGCAUGACUUGCAACAUACAGAUUAUAUCUUUUGAUAUUAUCUUGAUGCACCAAUACCUGAAGCAAAAACAACUAAAAGAAAAAGUCGUAUGAAACGUGCAGCAACAAUGAAAUCUUGGCCUGAAGGACGAAUACCGUUUGUUAUUGAUAGUGGUUUUUCAAGUGUUGUCAAUGGUCUUAUUAGAGAAGCCAUGAAUCAUUGGGAGAAUGAAACUUGUGUAAAGUUUUUAAACCGAACCAAUGAAUAUGAUUAUGUUUAUAUUUAUAAGGGAAAUGGUUGCUGCAGUUAUGUUGGUCGACGUGGAGGCAAACAGUUCUUGUCUCUUGGUACAGGAUGUAUACGUUUUGGUAUAAUAACCCAUGAACUUGGACAUGUAAUUGGAUUUUGGCAUGAGCAAAAUCGUCCAGAUCGUUCUAUAUAUAUUGAUGUUAUUUAUGAAAAUAUGGAUAGUUCCAAGUCAUUUAAUUUUGACCCUAGAAAUCUUAAUGAAGUGAAAACAUUUGAUCAGGUUUAUGACUUUCAUUCAAUUAUGCAUUAUGGGAAUAAUUUUUUCACAAAAAAUGGUGGUAAAACUAUUCUGAGUAAGGCUCCAGAAAAUGCUGAAACAAAUGAAAUUGGAAUGUCUUACUUUAAAUAUAAAGGUCCUGUUUUAAGUCCUCAAGAUAUUUUGGAAACGAAUCUUUUAUAUAGAUGUACUAAGCUAACAGAGUGUGGUGGAACAAUUUUUGCAACCAGUGGUUCGUUUGCAUCAUAUCCUAAUAGAUACCAACAAGAAAUGAACAAAGAUUGUGUCUGGAUUAUUACAACAGCAAUAAAAUUUAAUAGUCGUUCUUCGCUUACUGUAAUUUUUAAUGAUUUUAGUGUUGGAAAACCUAGCCAUGAUCAAACAGGAAAUUGUGAAGACGAUUAUUUAGAAGUACGCGAAGGAAAAGGUUUUUUGUCUCCUUUUAUUGUAAGAUAUUGUGGACAACGGAAACCUGCACCAAUUACAACUCUUGCUGGAAGUUUAUACAUUCGACUUCAUAUAUCUGGGAAAAAUUUAAAAAGUUAUUCAGAAAAUAUUGGUUUCAAUGUUAGCUUUAAAACUGACACUUGUUCACAACUUAUUAAACAGGUUCCAGCAAUAAUUCACUCACCACAGUUUCCUUUUGGCUAUCAACUGAAUACUGAUUGUGUAUGGAAUGUUGAAGCUCAACCUGGUAUGCAAACUAAAAUUGAGUUUGGAUUUUUCUCACUUAGAGAGCUUGACAAUGAAGAAGGAUGUUUGGAUUAUGUUGAAAUUCAUAAAGACCUUGGGACUGCAGAAAGUUUUGUAGGGAGAUUUUGUGGUUCAAAUAAUCCUGGAAAGUUAGUAAUUAAUUCAGAGCGAGUAAAGAUACAUUUUCAUGCAUCUAAUGUUGAUCAUCAAGGAUGGUUUAUGGGUUUUGAAGCUGAAAUUGAUCAAUAUGACAUUGAUGAAUGUCAGUUAGGCUUACAUGAGUGUACUCAAGCCUGCAUAAACUACCCUGGUGGAUAUUUUUGUGGUUGUAAUCAGGGUUAUGAUACAAUUUAUCAUCGAAGUUCAAGAAAAGCACAAUGUGUAGACAAAGAUGAGUGUAGUAUAAACAAUGGUGGAUGUUCACAUAAAUGUAUAAAUACUGAUGGCAGCUUUGUUUGUGGAUGUCCAAAAGGAUUCACAAUUAGUUUUAACAAAAGCCAAUGCCAAGAUAUCAAUGAGUGUGUUAAUAAACCAUGCAACCAGAUUUGCAAAAAUAACAUUGGUUCAUAUGAAUGUUCUUGUUAUGAGGGUUACAUUUUACAAAGCAACAAUAAAACUUGUAGCUCACUUUCUGGUUGUCUUGGUUCUUUUACAUCCUCUGUUGGAAGAAUCACAUCUCCUCAGGUACCAUCUACUUAUAAACUUCCCAUAGUAUGUGUGUGGCAGGUACAAGGUGCGCCUCAUCUACAGUUAAAGUUUGAUAUUGUUCUUGUUUCAAAAGAAAACAAUGAUUGUGGUAGCUAUGUAACUUUUUUUAAAAAUGAAAUGGAAAGGAGGCAGAAAACCUACUUAAAGAAAAUUUGUAUACAAUCUGAUAUAACUGACGCCUUUGUUAUGUCAACAAGUUCUGCAAUUAUUGAAUACGUGGGACAGUUUCCGUUUCAAACCUCAUUUAUGGUAGAAUAUCACAGUGUAGUACAAAAUGAAAGAGAGUGUCUCUAUACGUAUAAUGCUUCAAGUGGUGAAAUUCUGUCGCCUGGUUUUCCGUACCAAUACUCAGAUGAACAAGAUUGUUUAUGGAACAUUCACUCAUUGCAUCAAACAACUUUUAAAGUUAUUUUUUUGCAGUUUAGUUUAGAAUCUCAUGAAACAUGCGAGUUUGAUUAUUUAGAGGUUGAACAAAUAUACUAUGAAAUGCAAAGAGUAAAAAAAAUUGGAAGAUUUUGUGGAGAAAGAAUUCCAGAUACUUUAUUUAUUAACGGACAUGCUAGUUUUGUUCGUAUCAGAUUUCAUUCAGACUCGACAAAUACUGGGAAAGGAUUUAAAAUGGUGUUUAAUGAAACUGAUCAUGUUAGUUAGUUCUACACGAUAUAAGCGAUAACUUUUUUUAUUGAAGAAACAUGAAAAAAUAGCUCACCAGUA